AUGGACAUAGACAAAUACUUGGAGACUUUAAGAAAUAUCAGAUGCUUAAGUGAGCGAGACUCUCAUUUGCUUUGUGAAUUGGCCAAGGAAAUAUUAGUAGAGGAGCCAAAUGUUGUCUAAGUAAAGGCUCCGGUAACAAUAUGUGGAGGUAUCCAUGGGUAAUAUUUUGAAUUGUUGGAACUAUUUAUGAAUGGAGGUCAAAUACCAGAAAAGAGCUAUGUGUUUAAUGGAGAUUAUGUCAAUCGAGGGCAUCAUUCAGUUGAAACCUUCUAAUAUUUGCUUUGUUUAAAGAUAAAAUAUCCAAAACAUAUUACUUUAUUGAGAGGAAAUAAUGAAUCAAGAAUUUUAACUUAAUGUGAUGGACUAUAUGAAGAGGUGAAAAGGAAAUAUAGGAACAUACACCUUUGGUAAUACUUUUGUGAAGUAUUUGAUUACUUACCAUUAUGUGCAUUAGUCAAUGAAAAGAUUUUUUGUGUGCAUGGGGGAUUGUCUCCAUAAAUAAAAUAGAUAGACUAGAUCCGAAUGAUUGAUCGAAGAUGUGCGAAGGAGGAUGAAGGCCCAAUGAGUGAUUUGUUAUGGUCUGAUCCUUAGUAAGAUUCAGAUGGAUGGGAAGAAAGUAAACGAGGAGCAGGACAUGAAUUCGGAAAAAAAGUAGUAGAACAAUUUAAUCACAUUAAUGGAUUAAGUUUGAUUGCAAGGUCCCAUCAGUUGGUAAUGGAAGGAUAUAAAUAUUAUUUCGAUAAAUAAUUGGUUUCUGUUUGGUCGGUUCCUAAUUAUUGUUAUCGAUGUGGAAAUAAAGCAUGCAUUAUGAAUUUGGAUGAGAAUUUAGAGCAGAGCUUCUUAUUUUUUGAAGAAUCCUAGGAGCUCACUUACAAUUAGAUGAAUUAAAGGGGGCUGCCUUAUUUUAUAUGA